ACUGGGACAUGGGGCCAAUCACAGGGGCUACCAUGGAAGUCAGUAGUACAUUUGACAACAUGACUGGACUGACACAUAAUAGGCCAGUGCAAACGUCCUCAUUCUGCCAGCAGUUUGCAUCUGUCGAUGGGGCAGGAAAUUAUGAUGUGAAUAAUGUUGUCAUUCCGACCCCAGGAGCACCAGACCCCAGGGCCCAGAAUUCUUUGCGGCAGAGUUGGGAAAUGAACUACCAGGAAGCAGCAAUAUACCUGCAGGAGGGAGAGAAUAACGACAAGUUUUUCACUCAUCCGCGAAAUGCCCAUGCGCUCAGUGCCUACCUGUUUGCUCACAAUCACCUUUUCUAUGUGAUGGAGCUGCUGACUGCGGUGUUACUCAUGCUUCUGUCCCUCUCAGAGGCCCCUGCCGUCCCCUUUCUCCGCUUGGAUGUCUAUGUUCAUGCAACACUGGAGUUAUUGGUAUUGGUAAUGGUGGCCUUUGAGUUGUGCAUGAAGCUCCGAUGGCUUGGCUUUCACACCUUUAUACGACAUAAGAGGACCAUGGUGAAGACAUGUGUCCUGUUUAUUCAAUUCAUCGAGGCAAUUGUGGUCUUAGUCCGGCAGACAUCUCACCUGCGUGUAACGAGAGCCCUGCGGCCGAUCUUUUUGGUGGACUGUCGUUACUGUGGAGCUGUUCGCAGAAACCUGAGGCAGAUAUUUCAGUCACUUCCUCCCUUCAUUGAUAUUCUUCUGCUAUUCUUCUCUUUCUCUCUACAGUAUUUUAGCACACUGGAGAACAGCCUUGUGAGUUUGUUUGUCCUUCUGACCACUGCAAAUUUUCCGGAUGUGAUGAUGCCAGCAUAUUCAAAGAAUCGUUGGUCAUGCAUUUUCUUCAUUGUGUAUCUGUCCAUCGAGCUCUACUUCAUCAUGAAUCUGCUCCUGGCGGUAGUUUUUGAUACUUUUAAUGGAGUUGAGAAGAUGAAAUUCAAAUCUCUUCUUCUACACAAGCGAUCAGCUGUAGAGCACGCCUUCCAGCUGCUAGUUAGUCGGCAGAGGCCAGAUGGAGUGUGUUUAAAACAGUUUGAUGGACUGAUGCGAUUCUAUCGUCCACGAAUGAAUGCACGGGAUCGUUUCCUCACUUUCAAAGCCCUCAACCAUUCAGGCGCAACCAUGCUGAGUCUCCAGGACUUUUAUAAGUUUUAUGAAGUGAUCGGGCUCAAAUGGAAGGCUCGACGGAGUGGGGAGUACUGGUUUGAUGAUCUUCCUCAUACUGCAUUCCUCAUCUUCAAAGGAAUCAAUUUACUUGUGAAAUCCAAAGCUUUCCAAUAUGCAAUGUAUCUGGUAGUUGCAAUUAAUGGCAUCUGGAUCCUAGUGGAGACUAACAUGUUAAUUGAUGGCGUCUCAUGGACUCAUGUUGUCCCAUUGAGUUACAUUAUUUUUCUCACAAUUUAUGGAAUUGAGGUCUUGUUGAAGAUCACAGGCCUUGGUCCUUUGACAUAUUUCAGCUCAGGGUGGAACCUCUUUGAUUUCUCAGUAACAGUCUUUGCCUUUCUGGGAUUGAUUGCUCUGGCAUUUGACAUGGAGCCGUUCUACUUCAUCUUGGUGUUGAGACCUUUUCAGCUCCUCCGGUUGUUUAAAAUUAAACAGCGCUAUCGGAACGUUUUGGACACAAUGUUUGAACUGUUCCCGCGUAUGGCCAGUCUAGGUCUUACUCUGAUUAUCUUCUAUUAUUCUUUUGCCAUCGUUGGAAUGGAGUUUUUUGCUGAUGUUGUUUAUCCGAACUGCUGCAACACUAGCAGAGUCGCUGACUCGUAUCGCCAGAAAAAUGUGACCAUUGGCAACCGAACAAUGCUAGAGGAGGGGUAUUAUUAUCUCAAUAACUUCAAUAACAUCCUAAGCAGCUUUGUCACUCUUUUUGAGCUAACAGUGGUGAACAACUGGUACAUCACUAUGGAAGGUGUAACAUCACAAACUACUCACUGGAGUCGCCUUUAUUUCAUGACCUUUUACAUUGUCACCAUGGUUGUCAUGACGAUAAUCGUGGCCUUCAUUCUAGAUGCAUUUGUCUUCAGGAUGAACUACAGUCGGAAGAACAGAGAGCCGCUGGAUGACCCAGAAGAUGAAAUGGGGAUUGUCUUUGAGACAGAGGUGUCCCAGACUGAAGCUCUACAGACUCUAGACUUGUAUAAACACACACUGGGUGUCGCCAACCUAAGCUCACUGCAGGACAUGUGUGUGGCUCUGGAGCGGAGCGGGCAUUCCUCAUUAGUAUUUCUGGGUCGAAGGUCACGUACCAAGAGUGACCUCAGCAUGAAGAUGUACGAGGAAGAGAUUCAGGAAUGGUACGAGGAAUAUUCCAGAACAAACCUGCAGCCCGAUGAAACAUUCCACAGAGAACUGGACAGCCCUGAAGCUAGUGCCACAAACAGCAUUAACUAACUCGCACACUCACUCAUACAUCUGAGGGACCUUAGAACCAUCUUCCUCCCAUCGAUGGAAAGCACAGAUGUUCCCCAUGACCACUACAUUCGCCCUCCAUCCAUAUGGAGACCUACAGAACACACUUAAAGCCUUAUUCCCCCAAAAACCUUAAGGUUCCGUGGCCAAUCAGGGAAGCUUGCAGACCAAUCAUGUAACAUGCACUCGGUCCGGGAACCUUCUUCUUCCAUGAAAUGCACCUCAUGACAUUUGCCUUGUGGUGGGUGACCCUGAAUAAUUCAGACUCUCUCUUGGAUUGACAAAUGGAGAACAGCGAUUGAAUAUUUCUGUGGGAGGUGAAUCGGAACUGAAUGUGAGGAUUUUAGCACUAAGUGACUUGUGUCUCUUUCUCCACAGUCUGACGUAUUGCUUAACCAACAGAUAAAAGAUUAUAGUAAUAAACUAAUGCUGUUUUUAAACUAAAGCUGCUUUUUGCUGGAACCUUUGGACCUAUAGAGAGCCUUAUUUUUUCGAUAUAUACACAGGUAGAUUAAAUGUAUGUCAGAUGCAGUUGAGAGUCAUGUUUCAGUACAUCCACCGAUGUACUCAGUAUGGGCUGGUUUCCCAGGCGCAUGUUAAUUUUGGACUGAUAAGUAUUAGAAAGACCCUAGACCUUUCAGUUCAUUUAAAAUUUUGUCUUGUCACAUAUGAAAAGAUCUUAUUUCCUUUGUUUGGAGUAAGUAUUGUUUUAAUGAAUUUUAAAGCUUUGAGUAUUUUGGCAGACCAGUUCAGAUAAAAUCUGCCUUGUAACCCAAAGGUCAGCCUUGUAACCCAAAGGUCGUGGGUUCGAGUCUCAGUACCGGCAGG